AUGCAGCUCUUCACCCUAGCCUUCCUGCUCAUUGCGCAGCUGGUAUCCGGGCACUUCGAACUCACAUAUCCAAACUGGCGAGGCGAUUCCUUCCUCCCGCCAGCAUCGCAAUACAUGUUCCCAUGCGCAAACGUCAAUACCACAGACGCCUCCAAUAACAACCGCACCUUGUGGCCACUGGACGGAGGCUCCCUGAAGAUCGAGUUUCACCACUCAUGGACCUACGUCGCCUUCAACCUCGGGCUCGGCUCAAACACCAACACGUUCAACAUCUCGUUGAACCCGAUGCUCUUGAACGAGACGGGCAACGGCACCAUGUGCUUUCCGAAGUGGCGUCUGCCUGCCGACUUGAACAUCGAGGACGGCACGGACGCCAGCUUGCAGAUCAUCACCAUCGGGGAUAGUGGGACGGCGCUGUAUAACUGCGCGGACAUUCGGUUCUCCGCGGACGCAACGCUCUUGAGCGAAGAUCAGUGCCAGAACACCACGGGCCUCGAGUUAUAUCCACUCGUGCAGCAGCAGGCCGACGGGUCAAUGGUGGGCGCGGCAGCAACGGUGACGGUGACUGCGAGUGCCGCGGGAGCUUCGGCGACCGGUGAGAGUGCUGCCAUGGGCAUGAGCGCGCCGGGGUUGAGUAGCCUUGCUUUGGGUGCGGCUCUCACCGCCGCGCUUCUAUUGGGUUCAUAA